AUGGCCAGCAAAGUCUUCAACGUCGGCGUCGUAGGCUACGGCCUCUCCGCCAAAGUCUUCCACAUCCCCUUCAUCACCACAACCCCCUCCCUCGCCCUCCACUCCAUUGUCCAGCGCUCCCCCAAGCCAGACGAUUCCGCCCCUGCCGACUACCCAGCCCUCAAGCACUACACAGAUGCCCUCGCCCUCAUCGCCGACCCCGACGUUGACGUCGUCGUCGUCACCACGCCGCCCGACAACCACUUCGACCUGACCAAGCGCGCCCUCGAGGCCGGCAAGCACGUCCUCACCGAGAAGCCCUUUGUGCCCACCGCCGCCGAGGCCCAGCAGCUCGCCGACAUCUCCAACAAGACGGGCAAGCUCAUCUGCGUGUACCAGAACCGCCGCUGGGACGCGGAUUUCCUGCUGGCCAAGCACCUCAUCGAGCAGGGCAAGCUGGGCCGCGUCGUCGAGUUCAACACACACUUUGACCGCUACCGCGCCGACGCGCCCACCAACUGGAAGGGCCAGCUGGGCAUCUCCCGCGGCGGCAGCGCCCUCUUCGACCUGGGCACGCACCUCAUCGACCAGGCCUACGUGCUCUUCGGCCUGCCCCAGUCCGUCCGCGGCCGCCUGCUGAACCAGCGCGAAGGCAGAGCCGAGUUCGAGACCCCCGACGCCGUGUCCGCGCAGCUCUUCUACGACUCCGGCCUGCUGGUCAACGUCAACAUCAGCGCCCUCAGCGCCGAGACGCGCCAGCUGCGCUACUGGGUCCGCGGCACAAAGGGCAGCUUCCGCAAGUUCAACCUCGACCCGCAGGAGGAUCAGCUGCGCGCCGGCGGAAAGCCCACAGACACCGGAUAUGGAGUUGAGAGCACAAACAACAGCAGCCUGACGGCCGUGGACGAGGCCACCGGCAAGGCUAGCGAGGUGCCUGUGCCCGAGCUCGAGCCCGAGACGUACCGCGCCUUUUACAGCCAGUUCGCCAAUGCCCUGGUGAGCGGCAAGGCCGAGGACGUUCCCGUCAAGGCGGAGCAGGCCCGCGAUGUGCUGAGGAUCAUUGAGGGUGUGCUGGAGAGCGCCAAGACUGGCAAGGACGCUGUUCUUGCAUAA